AUGCAGCUCUCCAUAUCCUCUCUCUGGGCAUUCCUGGGGCUUUUGACCCUCUACCUCGUCGUGCGGAGUAUCUAUCGUCUCUACUUCGACCCCCUCAGCCAUAUCCCCGGACCCAAGCUGUCGAUUCUCACCGAUCUCUAUGAAUUCUACUAUGAUUUAGUCUUAGGCGGAAGGUUCCUCUUCCAUAUGGAAAAAUGGCACGAACAAUACGGCCCAAUCGUCCGCAUCAACUAUCGCGAGGUGCACAUUAUCGACCCCGAGUUCUAUGACGAGAUAUACGCCGGCGGCAUUCGCCGACGAGACAAGGACCCGAAGUUCAUCACCGGGUUCGGUCUGCCCACAUCGAUGGUGGCCACGGUAGGCCACGAUCACCACCGGUUCCGACGCAACAUCCUCAACAACUUCUUCUCCCGACGCUCCGUGCAGGAGCUAUCGCCGAUGAUCGAGCUUCGCGUGCAGCAGCUCGUGCAGCGCCUAGAAGAAUUCCACCACGACCAGACGCCGGUUUGCCUGGACGAUGCCUAUGCCGCGCUCACCUCGGACAUCAUCACGCACUACUGCUACGGCCGCAGCUGGGGCUAUUUAGAAACCAAGAACUUCCACAGCGACGUGCGCGAAGUGCUCAAGGACGUGACUGGCUUCGUACAUAUCAAUCGAUGCUUUCCGUGGUUCACGGGGCUAAUGCGCAUGGUCCCCGAACGGUUGAUGCGUUUCAUGCAGCCCGGCAAGCGGGUGAUGUUCGAUAUCCAGAGGGCCAUCUAUCAGCAUGCUCUAGAGGAAGGGACCGAGCCUCUGACGAAGGGAGAGAAGCCGCAGCGAGCCAAUAUGUUUGAGCAGCUGAACGACCCGAGCCUUCCGGCAGAGGAACGCACGCUCCAGCGGCUACAGGAAGAGGGCAUCACGCUGCUGUCGGCGGGCACAGAGACCACAGCUCGAGCGCUGACGGUGGCUACGUAUCACCUUGCUCGUGAUAACGAGAUUGUGCAGAAGUUGCGCUCGGAGCUGAAGACAGUACUCCCGACUCCCACGAGCCGGGCGACGUGGACUGAGCUGGAGAAGCUGCCCUACCUGACAGCUGUCGUCCAUGAGGCCCUCCGCACUGCAUUCGGGCUUGUUAUUCGACUGCCUCGCGUAGCGCCCACGGAGGUCCUCCAGUAUAAAGACUAUACAAUCCCACCCGGAACGCCCGUCAGCUCAUCUGCAUACUUCAUCCACCGUGAUCCCAACAUCUUCCCUGAGCCGGAGAAAUUCAAGCCGGAGCGAUGGAUCCGCAACGGGGAGUUUGAUCGAGGCCUGACGCGGUAUAUCGUCUCUCUCGCUUAUUUGGAACUCUACAUGGCGUUCGCGUACCUGUUGCGACGAUUCGACUUUGAUUUGCACGAGACGGGGCCAGCGAAUGUGCGAAUCACGAGGAACAUGGGGGUGGGAUUUACCGAUAACUAUGACUUCAAGGUUAGUGCCAAGGUGGUGGGGAUGGUGCAGGAUUGA